UACUAAAGUUUUUGAAAGUGCAGUGAAAACGAAAUAUGAUUAAUUAGCAAAUGAGGCAAAAAUCAUUCGUUUAUAAAUAUUGUAGCAAAGCGCGUUGCAUGUGAGGGAAAGAUUUUCGCCGCGCGUUUUUGAAUCGCUCGCAACGCGACACAAAACGCGUGCGUUUUCUGUACUUUUGCGGAAGGUUCGAAAAUUGUAGAAAAAAUAAAAAACUUUUUUAAGCAGCAAGUUCAUUGCAUAAAUUAAGUGGCUGCCAAAUCUCUCCGCGGUUUUCCAUUGUGAAAAUGGAAAUGGCAGCAUCGGAGCCGCGCCAGGAGGCGAUUUUUGUCGCCACGCCGCCCUGCACACCUCUCGUCACCAGUCUAACCCGCACGACAACGCCGCGCGAUCUACCAACCAUGUAUCAUUUUGAUUUUGCUACGAUGGAAUCUGACGGUGCGGAUGAUGAUAAAGAGCCAGUUGGCCCACCGCCGGGUCCACUCACCACGGGCAUGUCUGAGACUAUUUUGGAGCAGGGAACUAUUAGCACUGAUCUAACACCCUGUCCGAACUGCAGUCGCACCUUCAAUCUGAAUGCACUCCGCAAGCAUGUUGUCGUUUGCGAGAAGAUGACUUCUAAAAAGCGUAAGAUAUUCGAUUCAUCACGUCAGCGUCGCGAGGGCACCUCUCUGUCCACCUAUGUGCUGCCCAAGAAUUUUGGCCUGCCCAAUGCAGAAAAGGCUCCGGGUGUGCAUACGCCACCGGCAGCUAGUCGCGAGGCUUCCACAAUGUCCAGCGGCUCGCAGCCACAAGAGGCUUCACCAUUGCCGACACGCCGUAAAGGCAAAGCGGAUACGGCACGCGCCUCCCUGCGCAAAGGUGCUGGGGCCACUGCAGCUGCUGCUGAGCACCCUGCAGCAGCGGCACCAGCUGCCCCAGCUGCAGCCGCUCCACCACGUUCCAUAACUAAGCGCCUUAAGGACUCCGCCUCGGACCGUUGUCCGCAUUGUGAGCGCAGCUUCAAUCCCAAGGCCUACGAUCGCCACGUUGAGUGGUGCAAGGAGAAGGCGAUUCAGGCAAACAUCAAGUCCAACAGCACUACAGAGACAAAUAAGGCCAAGGAGCGCAUGGAGGCGCGCAAGCAGUACCGCCCACCUAAUCUCAAAACCAAACGCUCGAUCAAUCGCGACAAGUACUCCGGUGCACAGGAAGAACAAUACGAGACUGAAAUGGUAUCCCCAAAGCAAAACCUAAUGUCGCUCUCCUCCAUGACAACGUCCGUGCAGAGUGUUAACUCGCAGCGAGGUGCGCCACAAGCCAUGAAGGUGCAGCGCCCUGGAACCCCUCAAGGACAGUGCUCACCACGCAAAUCCAAGGCAAACUCUAGUUCAACAACAAUGGUUGCCCCGAAUAAAGUUAGUGUGCGUAUGGCCAACGAGGAGUCAAACCUGGGCCAGAAGGAGCGUGCAUAUGUGAAUCCCAGACGCAAACAGCACGAAACCUGCCAAGAAAUCGAUGUCGCCGUGCAGCGUUUGCGGCGAACCGCUACCUCGGAAACUUUACACCUGGCCAAAUUGGAGUGCGCAGAGGCUGCACCCCUGCAGCCUGCCAGAUCGCGUAAAACUAUGUCCCAUCGCCAUAAGGCCGAAGUGCCCGAAUGCAUGGCCGGUCCACCCCAAGUCACAAUGACCUUUGAGGAGCUUAAUGGGUUGAUCAAGCGCAAAGGUGGCACUAACAUUUGCAACAUAAAAAUGGAUAUUGAGGAGCAGGAUUUGAAGGUAUCGCCCAAGAUACAGUCUUCCACUUCGUUGGUGCGUCAAGCACGUCGCCGAAUUCGCACACGUGAGAAUCCCAACAUUGACAUACGCUCCCUGGAACCACCAAAGUCCUCAAGCGAAUUUGACCUAUCCUCCAAGGAGAUGGUUUUGGCCAAUGUACAGCAGGGCCAUCGCGCAGUGCCAGGCGCGGCAUCAUUCCGUCACAUAGCAUCCCAUGAUUUGUACUCGGGUUCGGAGGACGAAGGAACUUCACCGCGUGGCGAGAUCCAAAUCAAGCUGGAGACGAGCACCAUUCAAACUGUAUGCCGCCCCAAGAAACGCACCCAUCUUCCGGCGAUCAUGAACAGCUCGCAGCCAAUGCGCGCAGUGCCCAUGGCAGAGCUCAAGCAAAAUCUGGAGGCGUUGGGCCAAAACUUUCUGCCACACCUUGAACGAAGCAACGUCUCAAAGGAGCACUAUAAAGAGGAACAGGACGACGAUUUAGAGGAUUUAGAACUGGAUGAGCUAGACUACGAUGAAGCUGACAUGGAAGUGGAACGGCUACUAAGCAAGGCAAAGCUACUAGAAAGUGAAUACGAUGACGAAUUGGACGACGGCGCUUCUAGCGAGGAGGAGGAGCAGCAGCAGCAGCAGCAACAGCAACAGCUCAAGUCAUCGAUGCGCAAAACACCAACCAAUGUUAGCCGACGUCUGGUGCUGCUGGAGCAGGAUGAAGAGGGCACCAUGUAUAUAAAGGCACCGCCAUCGCCAACCAAGCGACAAGCACGUUCGCCACCCAGCUCAGAUCGCACACUCGUCAAGAGCGGCCCCAGCCCACAGGCUAACGACAAGUACGAUCCGUUUCUGUCCGCCAAACGUCAGCUGGAGGAGCUCUGCUCACCCAACACACCACCCGACAACGAACCACUGGUGAACACAACAGCCACACCGAUCAUGUCCACCUCGCUGACGAGCACACUGGGCAAACUACACACGACCACACCCACCGCUACAAGCACGGCGCCAAAGGCGACGCCCAUAUCGAACUUUCGACGCACUUCAUCGCUGCGUGGGCCACGUCGCACACCACUGCUGCCCAGUCGACCGCUCUUUGCCAGCAACUAUCGGCCCACCAUACAGCGCGGUCUCUCCGACGAGGGUCCCAUCUCCAGCAACUUCCUCAAGCCGGAGGAGUAUGACGAGAUGCCAGUGCGUGCCGCUUGUGGCAAUGAUUUUCAUAGUCCGAGGGUCGUGCGUCGCGACACGAGCGCCUCCAAUCGCAAGCAGCAAAUGAAACUGCCGCUGGGUGGCGGCAGCGAGACGGACAGCUCGAACACGUCCAAGCAACCGACGACACGCAACGUGGCCAAGACCGACUCGCUGGCCGUAUUCCUCAAGUACGAGCACGAGCUGGAGCAGCUGAAUGCGAAGGCUGCCGAGGUGGCAGCCAGCAACAAAGAGCUCAACAGCAAGGAGCUGAAGGACAAGAGCAACAACCUGAGCAAGCAGAACUCGGCCAAGAAUCUAACGGCAAACCCAAAUGGUGGUCAGCUACCACCGCUGACGACGCCCAUCUGCCCGCCAGUUGCCAAGGAGAACAACGAGAAUGUGGCACACAAUUUUGCAACGCCACUGCGCCUAGAACCCCUCAGCAAGCCACCCCAAAACUUGGUCUCGCCAAACCACAACAACAACAACAAUAACAACAGUGGCAAUACUGCACCAUUACCCAUCAAGCUGGAGAGUAUCUUUGGCAGCAAUCGAUUGGGCGAUUACAUAGACCCCAAGCUGAUCAAUCCCUGCGAUAAUCUCAAUGUGCAGCAAUCAUCGGCGGGCUCCUCUGAUGCCAGCUCCACGCCACAGCAGCUGUCACAGAGCCGCAGCAGCUCUCAGUCAACCAUAACAAUGGCCCAGGAACAGCGGCGUCAUUCCGGCGAGGCACGUAAUCUGCUCAAGCGCAAGAUGCGUCUCGGGCGCAAUCAAUUUCUAUACGAUGCCUCGCCAGAGGAGCAGUACAUCUCGUCGGGCAGCUGUGCCGAUGAUGAGGCCAAUCGCUGUUCGCUGGAGUUCGACGAGCAGUGCUGGCAGCAGCAGCAGAAGCAACUGCUGGCCACCAAUCCAUUGAAUUUACCCAAUAUGCCAGUGCUGCCUACGUUUGAUGACUUUGAUUUCGAGGAAUUUCUCUCAUCAUUCGAGAACGAGAAUGAUGAGGAGCAAUUUCCGCUGUUUCGGGAUUGCCGCGAGUUUCUGCUGAAUCGCACGACGAGCCGGCAACGCUCGUUCCAGAAAGCGACUUCAACACCACAAACACAAACACAAUCCCAGACCCAGAACCAGAACCAACCACAGACUCCAACAGCCACACAAAGACCAGCCACAACAGGCAAUAGCUCCCAAUUUAUAACACCGCCUAAAGCCCAUUUUUAUGCGCCCUCCACUAAAGAGACUCAUGCCCACAGAUCCGAUUCAAAUGUCAGUGAUGAGAAACUGCAGCGCCAGCAGUCGAAUGCCUCCACCAGCAGCAGCACCAACAAUUGCCAUGUGGAGAAGGCCCAGAAGUCGAUGGAGUCGGAGUCGCAGAAGCGUGAAAUCUUUAUAAGCAUUGAAACCGAACCGAAUGCACAGGGGCGUUCGCCCAUCUCGCCGGAUUCGCUGCGCCAUAUGGUGGGCAAUGCUCAGACACCCAUCGAUGUGCUCCACAUUGAGAACGGUAACGAGCCGGAGCAUGCCAAGUUCAGCAAGAUUAGCGAUAACGAGGACCAGAUCGAUGCUGAGCUCGCUGAUGAGACUGGCCACGUUCGUUAUAAGAAAAGGCUGAGCUCAACGGCGAGCGCAGCAGCGAUCUCGCCAGCGCCCAAUGUGGAGGCCAACAAUGCCAAGAAUGUGAUAGAGAAAAUGCGCAACGAUUUCAAGCAACUGGGCGAGGAGGUGGGCGCCUCAGUGCGUCGUGAUAUCAUGCAGCGUCAGGAACAUGCCCAACAGAAGCACCAAAUGCAAGCACAACAGGAUCUAAAGGUAAUGACACCAUCGCCAUCAGGUGAUUCGGAUGAGCUGAGUAGCCUGGAUGGAUAUCCCAUGUCCUCAUCGCAGUCAUCACGUCGCGGCGCCAGUUCCAAGCUCAGCAACGACUCUGCUUACGGCAGCAGCAACUCACCAUAUAGUCUGUCCCGUCAACGCUCCAGCGAGCUGCAGUCCAACAACAACACGCCGCGCACCCAGAGCCAAUUGCGCCCGCACACGGCCAGUGGAGCCUUGUCCAUGUCCGGCAAACAGUCCAUGAUGGAUGCCUCCACUCAAGCAGCAAGCAACUAUGGCACACUCAAGGCUCGCCAGCGCAUGUUUGCAGGCAAUGGCCUGGGCGGCGACACUGGCGAUGGCAAUGUUGAAUAUUCCAGCAGCAGCUCGGAGCACUCGCUGCCCGUGGCAGUGGCCCAGCAGCCGCAACAGCAGCAGCAGCAGCAAAACACAAACUACAGCUACCAGCAGCAGCAACAGCAGCAGCAAUCUCAAGCGCAGGUAGCUUACAAUACCAACAACAACAACAACAACAACAACAACAAUAGCUAUGAGCUUAACGCAAAGAAUUUAAACAACAACAACAAUAAUGGUGUGGGUGUUAACUUAACGCCUACGACAUCGCAGCUUUCGCUGCAUAGCAACACCUCAAACGUUUCCUCGGGCAUGAGCUCGAGCAUGAAAAUGUCCAAGUUCUGUCACGAAUGUGGCGCCAAGUUCGUCAUAGAGCACGCUAAAUUUUGCAUGGAUUGCGGCGUUCGACGCGUUGUGCUCUAAGCUCAAGGAACUAUUAUUUGUAGUUGUAGUCGCACACACACACACACACUCACAGCAAUGAGCUGCGGCGGUGGAACUAACCUGUUGGCUGGCUUGGCAGAAACGGGUUGUGAGAAAGGAGGUUCUUAUACCAAAUGUAGUUAUUACAUGCAAACAAUUUUUGAGAGAUCGUUGAUAUAUGUAUACCCUAAAUGCAAUAUGCUACUUAAAUAUAUUUUAAUAAUAAAAAUAAUCAAAAAACGUAAAGGUUUGAAGUCGAACAAAUACAUAUGCAAUAUAAUACUUAUUAAUCAUAAAUAACAAGAAACUUGGCAUUUUAUUUUUCCAAUAUUUCUUAAUUGUAAUUACGAAUGUAGUUUUCUUUUCUUUUAUUAAAGUAUAACAUUAAGCACUUAACCAAGUUGUUAAUUAACAAAGACUGAACGAAUUUAAACGAAAAGCGUUGAAAGCCACUCGAAAACAAAAUUAAACGAAACUAUUCAAAUAAAAAUCAAACAUUUUUCGCAAUCUUAAACAAACACUAUAAUUAUAUUUGUAUUUUGUAAACUGUUUACUAAUUUAAUAUAGUCACUGCUUAAAUAUAAUCUAGAUACACCA